ACGACCGCGAUCUAGUGCCGGUGCCGCCGCUUCUUCUUCAACUGAGCAGACCGGAUCUCUCAGAAGUUCCAGACGGGCUGUGUUUCCAGAUGAAGAUGAUGACGAUGACGAGACCAUCAUAACGGAUUUUUCCGAUGGUGAGAGCCAUGUGAAUUACGAUGAAGAAGGCAACAGCAAUAGAAGAUCAUAUCAAUAUUAUUGCAUGUUCCGUCCGUUCUUUGACAUCGAGAACGAGAACUGGGACAAGGAUGAAGAUGACCAGCUCGAUGAGGAGGAUCUGCUUGAACAGUACAAUGAAGAGGCCAAAGCUGAAGAUAACAUCGAGAUGAAGCCGGCUGUUGAGCACCCGAAUCACCGAUGGGUCGCUAUGUGGGAGACGUGGAAGUUAUUUUCCACAUGGGAGAGACGGGCUUCUUACACGAAUCCCGAGUUCUUUAACAUGCACAUUCACAAGCAAUUCCACAGCCAUGGCAUGCAGGAACUUGUUGAGAAUAUGCUUCUUGCAUUUGAUAAAGAGUUUUCAAAGAAGAAGCGCAACAAGAAGAACUUGAAGCAGAUGUGGGCCAUCAUAGCCGCAAUUAUGCAGUGGCUUGUAGAAAUACCCAUUGGCGCCUGGCUUGGAUUGGACGACAGGAAGAGAUUAGAGGCUACCAUAGGUCUCGUUGGGCGCGCUUUCGUGACCGUGCUCAAUGAGCUUGAUCGGGGGAAGCUCCUUAAGGCCGAUUCCGAUAUCAAGGAUCUAGGGUUGGUCAUGACCUUCUUUAUUUACUGGACCACGACACUGCAGGGCCAGGGAUUUGAUUUGCCAUAUCGUAAAGAGGUCAUUGCCUACGGCAAGAAGGCCGGCGUUAACUUCCGAGAAGCCGGAUGUUACGGCACGGAGGAGAAAGUGAGAGCAUACGAAAGAGAACUUGGCGCCAGAAUCAAGCCAUCUUCCAGUGCUCCUAAAUCCGAUAAGUGGGAGUGGAAGCGAAAAUUCAAGAAGUUCGGCAAGGAAUACAAGCUUGGUGGUGAGAGAUACAAUAUCCUUCGAAUGUCGCGAGCCGAACGCGCCAGCUUCACGCACGACAAGAAGGAUCCUCUUGCCGAGAUCUCGGACAAAGCACUUCUAGAAGGUAACAUUCGAGUGAGACCUCGAGGCGGAGUAGUAUCUCAUUAGGAAUGAGAAAAGAAUGAAUGACGAAGCUUUCGGGCAUUGGGAAGGGUCUUUUUAUGUUGUUACGAUGUUUGGAUAUACGAAGUAUUAGUAACUCCUACCUGUUCCCGUAGACCCUAAUUUAAGGGUUCUACAUAUCGUCUCUCCAUUGAGUAACCUAUCUGAGGCCGUGGGGGAUUUUUGUGGCUGAUGCAGGAAUCACGGAUUACCCCUUACGGUAUUGCAGAGGUUCAUGUAAAAAGUAUAUGGUGCCAUUCUCCCCCCUGUCAUUGUGAGGUCUGGCUUGUACAUAGGGAUAAAUGAAAAUGGUUCGCUCUACUUUAUCCGACACCUUUUCUUCUUUGAACACGGAUUGUGAUGUUCCAACUAUAGGGUAUAACGACACACUGCAUCCUGCCCA